CAGCCGAUCGCCGAGCGGGAAAGGGAAACUAGCCGAGCGCCGAGGUUGCCCAUCGGGGGACUUCGGCCCGGAGACGGUGUCGGUGAGGCGGCGGCUGGACGGAGAGGACAACCGAGAUGUGGCUGCUCGGGAGCGGACUCCCCUGCGCUGCCCUCGCCCCGAGGAGCCUUACGAGGCUGGUAGCGGAGGGCAAAUCGGUGUUUGGAAACCAGUUGAAAAUGUCAAGUUCAAAUUCACUGCCGGAAGCCCAGAUGGGACAUUUUCAAGAGGGACCAGAUUUGAAAGAUUUUAUAUCUGGGGAACUUUCGGACAAAACCAAGUGGGCAGAAUAUAAAGGCAAUUUAAAGCGUCAAAAAGGAGAAAGGUUACGGCUUCCUCCUUGGUUGAAAACUCAGAUCCCCGUUGGCAAAAAUUAUAAUAAACUGAAGAACACGUUGCGCAAUUUAAAUCUACAUACGGUGUGCGAGGAGGCCAGGUGUCCGAACAUCGGCGAAUGCUGGGGAGGAGGAGAAUAUGCUACUGCUACAGCCACAAUCAUGCUAAUGGGGGACACAUGUACGAGAGGCUGUCGCUUCUGCUCGGUGAAGACGUCAAGAAGUCCUCCUCCGUUGGAUCCCGAGGAGCCGUAUAACACUGCAAAAGCAAUUGCAGAAUGGGGACUGGAUUAUGUUGUAUUGACCUCCGUAGACAGGGAUGAUCUUUCCGAUGGAGGCGCCGAACACUUUGCGAAGACCGUCUCGCACUUAAAGGAAAGGAAUCCCAACAUUCUGGUGGAAUGCUUAACGCCGGACUUCCGAGGGGACCUGGAGGCGGUGGAGAAAGUGGCUUUGUCUGGAUUAGAUGUCUAUGCUCACAACGUGGAGACCGUUCCCGAAUUGCAGAGCAAAGUUCGUGAUCCACGAGCAAAUUUUGAGCAAUCCGUUCGCGUUUUGAAACGUGCUAAGGAAGUUCAGCCAGAUGUGAUUUCUAAAACGUCGAUCAUGCUUGGCCUGGGGGAGACCGACGAACAGUUGUACGCCACCCUGAAAAGAUUACGCGAAGCCGAUGUGGAUUGCUUGACCCUGGGGCAGUAUAUGCAGCCAACAAAACGGCAUCUAAAGGUGGAAGAAUAUGUGACUCCGGAGAAAUUUAAACAUUGGGAGAAAGUUGGAAACGACCUUGGAUUUCAUUAUACAGCUAGUGGACCUCUUGUGCGUUCUUCUUACAAAGCAGGUGAAUUUUUCUUGAAGAACUUAAUCCAUAAGAGAAAGAAGAAGGACGUUUGAUGCAUCCAAGACCAAGAAGAGUCCCUUCCCUUGUGUUCUAUACGGCAACAUCAUGGAUAAACCCAAUUAAAACAACUUGGAAGCCUUUUGUUGCUUUGUAAAAAAGAAAAAAGAAUACAAAAUAUUUUAUUUGUUCCUUGGACCCUGAUAUUGUACAAAAAAUAUCACUCGUUAGCCAAUAAGCGGCGUUCAAACCCAUCAAGAAAAACAGAGGUAGAAUGAGACACAUACAUUAAGGAAUCGAAGAUGGAUAUGCAUUUUUUUCACUCGCUCAUCAGUAAUCACUGUUUGCUCUGCGUUAGCCCACAUCACGUUGCUAACCGUGACAAUUUUCGGUGACAAUCCUACUCAUGAGGAAUUGUCGGUCAUGAUCCCCGUUUGCAUAAAACACAGUAAAAUGACGUUUCUCGUUGGCUUUAAAUAGGGUUAAAAGCAUCUGUACCGUAAAUGAUAUUCUUGAUUAAACUGUUGGAUUGAAGCUCA